AGCCCCAGGAAGGUUGUGCAUUACUACCCGCCGUCUAUUGACCCCACACGAGGGAUCUUCGCACUGAGAUAUGGGAAAUACAAGGCACACUUUUAUACAAAGGGAGAUCUUCAUAGUGACACUACACCAGAUCCAGACUGUCAUCUGACUGCUCGACUCACCGCCCAUGACCCACCCCUCUUGUAUGACUUAGACACGGAUCCUGCAGAGAACUAUGACUUGCUAAAGCGAGGAAUCCCCCAGGAGUUGGUCCCUGUUCUCAACAAGAUUCUAGAUGAGCGGAAGCGGUUCCAGGAGAACAUAGAGUAUGCUGACAGCGAGAUAAACAAGGGCAAAGAUCCUUCACUGAGACCUUGCUGUAACCCUGACUGUUCUCCCAAGCCAGCCUGUUGCCACUGCUAAAACUUUACCAUCUUUAGGGCACAUGGAAUGCCCCAGUGUGCCCUUUCUGAAAAGCUGCAUAUUAAGCGUGUACCUCCAAAACACUCUGUUGCUUCUGGGAACAGCUCAGCACUAUGACAACAAGCACUCCGCCUCUCGCUGUAUUACUCCACCCGCAGACUUUUAUUCUGAUGAAUUUCCUUAUCUUUUAUAUCUCUUCUCAUUUUAAUUACUAAAUAUUUAAUGUUGCUCUGUGUAAUAAGAGUGCUAAAUGGUAAACUGUAAGUUAUCUGUUUUUAAUAAUAAAAUUUUGUUAAUUAAAGUCCUAA